AUGGAGUAUUUCUCAAGAAGCAUGGUCUCCUUAAAAGAGGACAGAUCAUUUAAAUUUCAUCCUAACUGCAAGAAGCUGCAAAUCACUCACCUAAUUUUUGCGGAUGACUUGCUUUUAUUUGCUAAAGGUGAAGCUUUCUCUGUUCAAAAGUUAUAUCAGUGCAUCAGGCAUUUCGGUGCAGUCUCAGGCUUAGAGGCAAAUCCAGACAAGAGCUCUAUUUACUAUGGUGGGGUGGAGGAUUCAGUUAAGGCAGAAAUUGCUAAUAUUCUUGGAUUCAAAGAGGGGUCUUUUCCAAUAAAGUAUCUUGGAGUACCUCUUAUAUCUAAAAGGCUUUCAUUUAUGGAUUGCAAUCCUCUGUUUGAGAAAAUCACAGGUCAAUUCAUGAACUGGACCAAGAACAGAAAAUUAUCUUAUGCAGGCAGGUUACAAGUUAUAAAAAGUAUAAUUCUUGGAGUGCUAAUCUACUGGACAUCAAAUUACAUCUUACCUGUAAAGGUACUUCACAAAAUUGAUGAGAUUUGUAGGAAAUUUCUAUGGAGUGCAACUGAUCAAACCUCCAGGAGUCCUCUUGUGUCUUGGGAUAAAGUAUGCUUAGGGAUGAAUCAAGGUGGCUUGGGGAUCUUUUCAGCUCAAAUCUGGAACAUUGCUUCAGCAUUAAGAAGCAUAUGGUUCAUACACACCAAUAAGGAGUCACUUUGGAUCAAAUGGAUCCAUGGAAAAUAUCUUAAACAUGGAAAUAUAUGGCAAGUUAGAGCAAAACCAGAUGACUCAUGGAUGUGGAAGCAAGUGAUCAAAACAAGGGAUAAAGUGUUGAAUGAAUUUGGAGGUGCUGACAAUGUGACAAAUCUUAUCAGGUCGUGCUAUAUUAAUUCAAAGCUAAAACUUUCAGCAUUGUAUAGAAAACUCUCCCCUGAAACAAACUUAGUCCCAUGGCAUAAAACUGUUGGGGGGGGACUGAAUGUUCCUAAACAUUCUUUUAUCAAUUGGUUGGUAGUUCAAAACAGACUCCUUACACAAGAUAGACUGAUAAAGAGGGGGAUCAUCAGUGCAAAUUCAUGCUACUUAUGCUCAGGUGCUAGAAUGGAAUCGAGGGACCAUUUAUUUUUUGAAUGUAACUUCUCUUGCUAUAUAUGGAACUCUAUCAUGGACUGGUUAAAUUUUCGGUGGAAAUCAUGCAAUUUGAGAUUGCUGUUGAACUGGUUCACAAGAUCAAGAGGCAAAGGAAUACAAGCACAGCUCAGAAGAUUAGCACUGACGGCAUCAAUAUAUAUCUUAUGGCAAGAGAGGAAUGCAAGGCUUUUCACUCAAAAAUUUAAAAGUGCGGAACAUCUAGUCAAGGUCAUCAAAUUUGAAAUCUCAACCAUAAUGCUUAACAGUCCUCCUUUGAUUUGA